AUGAAGUUGUCCCACGCCGCAGCGGUUGUGGCUGCCAUUGGCACCACCUCGGCCUCCUCCUUCCAAAACAGCACCUACGACUACAUCAUCGUCGGCGGUGGUCCCUCUGGUAUAAUCACUGCCGAGCGCGUCGCAGAAGCCGGAAAGAAGGUUCUUCUCAUUGAACGCGGCUAUGGCCCAACUGUCUCUACCGGCUCUAAUGAAACCCUGGUGUGGAACAACACCCUCACCGGAAUUGAUGUUCCUGGUCUGUCCGGUGACAUCGGAAGUCUCCCUCAAUGGAAUGAAUACAUUUGCACAGAUACCGCUGGUCAAGCAGCCUGUGUGUUGGGUGGUGGUGUUACAGUGAACUAUAUGGUCUUCGUGCAUCCCCCCGAGCGCGAUUUCAAUGACAAAUGGCCUCUGGGAUGGAAGUGGUCCGAUGUGAAGUCGGCUGCUGGCCGUUUGUAUGAUCGGAAUGCCGGCUCCACCUUGCCAUCGCAGGAUGGCAAGCUCUAUGACCAGGGCUUGUAUUCUACGAUGAAGGGAUUCUUCAGCAACCUGGGAUGGAAUUCGGUUGAUAUGAGCAAGCAGCCUAAUGAGAAGUACCAGGUCUACAGCCAUCCUGCGUGGAAUAUUGAGAACCAGAAGCGCGCUGGUCCUGUACGCACCUACCUACCUCUCGCCGAGAAACGUGACAACUUCCAGCUCAGUAUGGGUACCAAGGUUCUCCGACUUUUGAGAACGGGUGGUCAGAUUACCGGUGUCGAAGUGCAACUGCCGUCUAACGAGACGGAAAUCAUUACCUUGCCCCAGGACGGUCGUGUCAUCCUCUCUGCGGGCGCUUUGUCCACUCCUCGCGUCCUCUGGAAUUCAGGCAUUGGUCGUAAGGAGCAAAUCAAGGUUGCGCAGGAGAGCGGAGUCAGCCUCCCAGCUGAACAGGAAUGGAUCAACUUGCCCGUCGGUGAGGGUUUGAAGGAUCACCCCAUCUUCCCCUUCGUUGUGAAGACCAAUGGUUCAUUCAAUGUUCCCGAUUAUGCCGCUAUUGUGAAUGGCUCAGACACCACUGAUAUCUCACUCUAUGCCGAGGGAGAUGGUUUAUUGGCACAAGGCAAGCACCGCAUGAUUUUCUUCACGUCAAACGACGUGGACGGUCAGACUCGUUACUACCAGGGAUCAUGCGCUCCAUCUGCCGAGAAUACUGUGUCCAUCACCGCUUAUAUGACCCACAGCGCAACCUCCUCCGGUGCCCUCGGUCUCGAUGUUGACGGCAACACUAUAUUCCUCAAAUCUCCUUAUCUCAAUACCAUGGGCGAUCAAGCUGCAGCACAGACUUUUGUGCAGGGCCUGAUUGACGAUGUGAACGCUGCCGGAUGGGAGCUCGAGACCUACACCAAUGCUUCUUCCAUUAUCGAGAACUACACCCAAGGUGUUCACUGGACCACCACCGCUAAGAUCGGUACUGAUGAUGGACGCAAGAUUGGUGGCUCAUCCGUCGUCGAUCUUGAUACUAAGGUCUACGGCACCAACAACCUGUUCAUUGUUGAUGGAAGUAUCCACCCCGACCUUCCUAGCGGCAACAUCCAAGCCACUAUCAUGGUCGUGGCCGAGGCCGCCGUCGCCAAGAUUCUUGCCUUGUAG